AUGGAGUAUGAGUACGAGAAUGGCGGGUGCCUCCGCAGCGUAUUCCGCUCAUUCGUGUGCGUGACGCUAUCACUUCUGCUGGCGUUGCACGUGUACGCGUACUUCUGGGGGCCGGCGCGCGAGCCGCUGGACGGAGACUUCUCCGAUAUACGAUACGUGGUCACGCAGCUCACCAGGGGACUGACUGAGGUGAACCACAAGCACGAACGACUCAAAGGCGAGAUGGAGCGGCUGUCUUCGGCGCUGCCCGCCGUGGCCGCCGCUGCCGAGCGCGCCAAGGACGCGCUGCAGCCCUCCGCGCGCCGCACCGGCCAGCAAGCGCUCGACGUGCAUGACUACGACCGACAGGUGGCCGACUACGCGCUGGAGUCGGCCGGUGGUCGCGUGCUGAGUACCGGCGACACCGCCGAGCACGUGAUCUACGAGUCGCCGGUGGGCUGGGCGCUGCACGUGUUCACGGCGCUGGUGUGCCGCGAGUGCCUGGGCGCGCGCGCCAUGAUCCGCCCGGGAACGCUGCCCGGCGAGUGCUGGGCCUUCAAGGGCUCGCACGGAGAGGCGACAAUAAGACUGCUGGGCACCGUCCAAAUCACCGGCUUUAGCGUGGAACACAUACCGGCGCAUAUUUCGCCUACAAGAGAAAUAUCAUCGGCUCCUCGCCUGAUACAAAUAGAAGGCUUAGAAUUUCGCAGUGAUCCUUACCCACACGACUUCGGCAGUUUUGAAUACGACAAAGAAGGCAAACCUAUUCAGUAUUUCGAAGUGCAACACCCUUCGACCAAGGGCUACAAUAUAGUGCGAGUGCGAGUGCUGACCAACUGGGGGCAUCCCGUUUACACCUGCGUGUACAGAGUCAGGGUUCACGGAGACUUGGUCACUGGGCAGGCUCCUCGAGCAACGACGGCCAGCGAUGAUGCAGAUCUUAGAAUCGAAAACGAGUAA